AUGCCUGCCUUCCAAGCCAAAACUUUUCGUCGCACACCGACAGCGUCGUCGCCUCUAGGAGAACGAAUUGGUGCGGCAUACCGAUCCAGAUUAAGCAGGCAUCCGUUUAUGCUCUUUGGUCUUCCCUUCAUUACGGUCAUCGUCGCCGCAUCCUUUGCUUUGACCCCAGCUGCCGCCCUUAGAUAUGAGCAUUAUGAUCGCAAAGUACAGCAAUUGAGUAAAGAGGAAGCAAUGGACCUUGGACUCCGAGGGCCGGAUGGGGAAGAGGGAAUCAAGAGGAACCCGCGAAGAAGAGUUAUCGGCGAUGAAAGGGAAGAAUAUUACAGGCUGAUGGCCAAGGAUUUGGAUAACUGGGAACAAAAGCGAGUUCAGAGAUUCCAAGGCGAGCCAGACGGAAGACUGUGA